AUGCGAGCCACCUGUGUCAUGGAGACGUGUAUCGCAGCAGGACUUGUCCAUCGGGAUUUCGAAUUCCGCAACAUCGUUUAUGAUCCUGUUACCCUCGAAGUAAGACUCAUCGAUAUCGAGCCUCCACCGCCAGGAUUUCGGAUUUGGACACCUGGGGAAGUACGAGAAAUUAUGGAGUCCGAAUCUAUCGGCCCUCCGUAUCGCCUUCAAGCGUCAGAUCCAAUUAGGCUGAGGCUGCUUUAUGUCCAGUCCCUGGCAAACAGCAUGAAACACCAUACGUUGCAUACCAUUCUGAUCCUCCCGCCCAUGUUCGCUCAGCCAUACUUCGGGAACGGUCGUACGAGGAUCGCCAUGAAAACGAAGGCGAACCAAGGUCAUGCCGUCAAAGAACAACACCAAGGAUGUAUUGAACUGGAAAAAGACUGUUCACAAAAUAUCAACUAA